GUGGCGGUCUGAACUCGCUACGAAGUUGAGAUAUGACGAUAGCGAGCAACAUUGUCGUCGAGUGGCUGAGGUCCUUGCACCUCGGUCAGUACUCGGAGUCUUUCAUCGACAACGGGUACGACGACUUGGAGAUAUGCAAGCAGAUCGGGGACCCGGAUCUCGACGCCAUCGGCGUCUUCACUCAGGCCCACAGGGCCCGGCUUCUGCAGUCGGUGAAGACCCUGAGGGAGGAGGGCGCAGCCAGCGUCUACUUCACCCUCGAGGAGACGAGCGACUGCCUCUGCAGCGACAACCUCAGCUCAAAGUCCUCGAGGACCUCCUCCGAACGCCCCCCCAGCGAGAAGGACGGGCAGCUGCAGCGCGCUUCUCCCACCGCAAGUUCCUCCAGCGGGGGGCAGGAACUCGCCAAGUUCAACGACGAGUACGAGGAGGGCAAGGCCGAGCUCGUCAGGAUACCGAGAAUACAGCUGAGGCUUCUCAUUCAGGAAAAACUCAGGCACGACGGCAUUCGACUCGCCUCUCAGCCCUACACCACUCCGGAGGGCGAGCGAGGGUAUUUAGAGGGCCUCGCGUCGAGGUACGCAGACCUCUUCAGAACGCAUUACGGUGACGUUCUGGAACCACUCGAGGAGCUGCGACGCCGAGAAACGAACGUAUCCCCCAGAAUGGCCAACACUCAGCUCACCACUAGUCAUUCACAACCCAUUUACGUGCCCGGAAAAUACUCGCCCUCGAGCUGCCUCAGUGACAAGGAAGAGGAUGAGAUAUACGGUUUCGGUUACGGAGUCUUUGGACGUCAAAUGCUGCAGCAAAGGCAGCAAAAACUUGCGCUUGCAACGCAAAACACGACACCAACUGGCAAUCAACAAACCUACCAAAGCUGCCUCAGUCCGAGAUCAGCAUUCUUCUACGAAUUUCCACCAAACGAUCAGGGCCAGAACACGAGCAAGAAGAAGACCACCUUCUCAAGGCUGCUUCGGGGGCUGAAAACCCAUAGGAAAGAGAAACAGGGACAACCACAGGGAUCCCCGCGACAUGGACGGACGCGGAUGGGCGUCCCUCAAAGAGUCGACACACCGGACAGUGUCUUGCAAAGUGGACUUGGACUAGGACCGGAAAUGGGACAUACGAUUCUCCGGUCGAUGGUUGACCCCAGAGACUACGACAGGCUGAGGUAUCUUCAGAUGAACGGCGGUCAGCCGAACAGUUUCGAAGAAACGAUUCACAGGCUCAAGGUCCAGGAGGCGCUAAGAAAAAAGGAGAAAUUUCACAAGGAGCACGAAGAAAUACUGAGGGACAUCCGGCAAGGUUUAAUGCAGCUAGGACGAGAUGGACGAGGUCAGCUCCCAGGAGACGACACGUACAUGUACGACGAAGACGCGAGGUGCGGGGGGGCGGGGGCCGGUGGUCCAGGGCCAGUCCCUGGGGGGCCAGCAGGGCCCCCGGGGCACCACUGGUACGACGAACCCCCCUACGAGUCCGAUCCGGAGGACUUCCUGAUGGGGGCAACCGGGGGGCCAGUGCCGACGGCGACGAUCCAAAACGGAAGAGUCUGCUUCACGCUGAAUCUUCGCCCUGAGAACAGGGGUGAGGGGGUUAUCUCGCUCAGGACCGCCGGGGACAUCAGCCUCCCUCGGGACCGAUCUCGGAAACCUCACGCGACGUCGACCAUGCGGGGACUCAUACUUCCUCAGGGGCACAACAACCCCCCGACAAUCAUACCCCUGACGCAUUCGCGGGCCUCCAGAGAGAGCGGCGACUACGCCAGCAGCGACGUACAGAGCCGCAGUAGCGGGGAGGAGGGAAUAUCCCCGAGCCAAAGCAGCGACUACGAGGAUCAAGAAGAGAUCGAAAGUCAACAUUUGGCCGCUGUUCAUACAUCGGAGGCGAGCGCUCUUCUGGAAAGCGAUGGACGGGCGGGAAUCGCUGGUCGAGCCAGGAACCUGAGGCACGACGUUCAACGCAAGAUAUCCCGACUCCGGCAGGACAGAGCUUCGUCCGAAGCUUUUCCCUGCAGCGCGAGCAGCGUGGAAAGCCUUCCGAGUGGCAGCGGUUCCAGCACUCAAGCACUGGUGCGAGCGGGUAGCAAUCACAGCUCAAUUUCCUGCGAGGAAAGGGAGGCUGUCAGCCCUUCGUCGAUCGGGCCCGUUCUCUGCAGGGCCCGAGCCCUCGUCGACUACACGCCGAGUCCCUACGACAAGGACGCCCUUAAGUUCAAGAAGGGGGACGUUAUCGACGUAGUCCAGAUGAACACCAGCGGCUUAUGGCGGGGGGUCGCUCACAAUCGCCUCGGACACUUCAAGUUCAUAAACGUCGAAAUCCUCAACGAGAGGGUCCAGCGACGCGGGGAACCUGAACGGGGAAAAUGGGGUCACAGGUACAGGCAGAAGCCCGGAUCCGUUGAGGAACUGCUCCAGAGAAUGAAUCUUCAGGAACACAUCUCCGUAUUCGUCCUCAACGGGUACGAGGACCUGGAGCUCUUCAGGGAACUCGAACCGGCGGAUCUCGAUUACCUCGGUAUUCAGCAGCCGGAGCAUCGGGCGAAGAUCCUGACGGCGGUCCAGCUGCUCCACGACCUUCACUCCGGUAGCGAGGGGGAUCUGGCGUCCAGUUCCGAAGGUGACGACGUGACCCGACUGGCGUUGAGCUCGGGUCAGACUUCCGGCCACUGUUCGCCGUUCAGCCGACGACAGUUCCCCCGGGAUUCCGGCUGCUACGACGCCCACAAGAACUCCAACCGUCGAGGAACGUCGGGGAGUCCAGAGAGCAGGAAGCUCUCCCGGGAGAACAACCUCGACCUGAACGCCGGGGCGCAGGUUAAAGGUGGUGAGAUUGCGGGGGGCAUAAUCGAAGCGAAGAACGACUUCCUCCCCAACAUCCCCGUGUCCGGGGGCGGGGGUGGCGGGGCCGGAGGAGUGGGGGGCGCUCACGGGCAGUUCGAGCGACCCGCUCUCAGGGGUGGCAACGUCAGGUUCAUCGCCAAGCGUGCCAACUGCCCCCCGAACAUCGCCGACCCCAGCGUCGUCAUCGAGGACUCCUGCGAGGGCAGCCACAAGCUGAGCAUGGUGAAGUACGUCGUGGGGGGCAGCUCUGACCUUGGACUCGGAUGCGAGAGCGGAAACGCCUCGGUUAGUCUAGGGCAGCGAGGCUGCUUGAGCGAAAAAUCGAGCGACUCGGGGGUCAGCUCGUCCAGCUUAAGCUCGGCGCCACCCCCCAGGGACAAGGCCCUUGCCGCCCCGGCGGUCACCGAAUCGCCGACGAAGAGCUUCGCCAACUUCAACCGCGGCUCGCCGACGUCCCAAGGAUCCGCUGGAAAGAAUCAGCACGGCGAGACUCCCGGGUACCGAUGAACUUCCGUCUGGUUCCCUCGCCGAUUCCCUACAUGCCUAGUAAUUUUCUCUACUUCUCGCUUAAUGCUAUUACGUUUUUAUUGACGAUUUAAAUGGAGGUAGAAGCGAUCUUUUUUCAAAUGAGGCGGAUUAUAAGUGGGCUAAUUCAUCAUGUAAAUUCAAUAAUACGUCAACCAAAUACCGGAUGGAAAUUUGAAGCUGUAAAUAUUUGAAAGAAUUGAAACGAUAGACCGGAGGAUGCAGAGAAUGAUUUUUAACGAGAGCUACCAAUUAGUAUUUACCUGCCGAUCUUUGCUAUUGGCCAAUCACCACUUUCAGCAUAUCACAAGCACGGCCAGUUCGAGUAUAUUUUUAUUCGAAGCCCUACGUCGACGCGUUUCAUCAUCCGCCUCGUCAAGAGUCUGGCCGCGAGUUAAUUCCAAUUAAAUCUAACCAUUAUCUCUAACCGGUAAUAACUGCAGCUGUGCGUGCGUAAAUUGGAUGGCUCCUCCGUCAGAGUUGCCAGUUUCACUCGUUGAAUCGAGAUUGGUUCGGCUUUCGGUAUCGGUAUCGGUAUUUUUACUGCUUCGUUGCGAACGAAGCUUGAUAGAGAGAGAGAGUGAGUGAGCGAUAGAUAGAAGAAAAAUAUGAAUGGAAAGUCGAGCGGAAGGGAGG